AGCACGCCUUUUCCGCUAGUCGUCUCCUCUAGCCCACAAUCUCGCUGCCCUAAGCCUCCCGCGCCUGCCCACCCGGCGGGCUCACAAACAGGCAGGCGCUCGGGGGGCGCGCGGGGGGCGGGGGGAGUUCCGGUUCCGGUUCUUUGUGCAGCUGCCUCGGCGGCUCCGGGAAGAUGGCGGCCCGGGCGGGUUUCCAGUCUGUAGCUCCGAGCGGCGGGGCCGGAGCCUCAGGAGGGGCGGGCGCGGCAGCUGCUCUGGGCCCGGGCGGAACUCCCGGCCCUCCUGUGCGAAUGGGCCCGGCGCCGGGUCAAGGGCUGUACCGAUCCCCGAUGCCCGGGGCGGCCUAUCCGAGACCAGGUAUGCUGCCAGGCAGCCGAAUGACACCUCAGGGACCUUCCAUGGGACCUCCUGGCUAUGGGGGGAACCCUUCAGUCCGACCUGGCCUGGCCCAGUCAGGGAUGGACCAGUCCCGCAAGAGACCUGCGCCUCAACAGAUCCAGCAGGUCCAGCAGCAGGCGGUCCAAAAUCGAAACCACAAUGCAAAGAAAAAGAAGAUGGCUGACAAAAUUCUACCUCAAAGGAUUCGUGAACUGGUACCAGAAUCCCAGGCCUAUAUGGAUCUCUUGGCUUUUGAAAGGAAACUGGACCAGACUAUCAUGAGGAAACGGCUAGAUAUUCAGGAGGCCUUGAAACGUCCCAUCAAGCAAAAACGGAAGCUUCGAAUUUUCAUUUCUAACACUUUCAAUCCGGCUAAGUCAGAUGCCGAAGAUGGGGAAGGGACAGUGGCUUCCUGGGAGCUUCGGGUAGAAGGACGGCUCCUGGAGGAUUCAGCCUUGUCCAAAUAUGAUGCCACGAAACAAAAGAGGAAAUUCUCUUCCUUUUUUAAGUCCUUGGUGAUCGAAUUGGACAAAGACCUAUAUGGGCCAGAUAACCAUUUGGUAGAAUGGCACAGGACCGCCACUACCCAGGAGACUGAUGGCUUCCAGGUGAAGCGGCCAGGAGACGUGAAUGUACGAUGUACUGUUCUACUGAUGCUGGAUUACCAGCCUCCCCAGUUUAAAUUAGACCCUCGCCUGGCUCGGCUCCUGGGCAUCCACACCCAGACCCGUCCAGUGAUCAUCCAAGCACUAUGGCAGUAUAUUAAGACACAUAAGCUCCAGGACCCUCAUGAGCGGGAAUUUGUCAUCUGUGACAAGUACCUCCAGCAGAUCUUUGAAUCUCAACGUAUGAAGUUUUCAGAGAUCCCUCAACGGCUGCAUGCCUUGCUCAUGCCACCAGAACCCAUUAUCAUUAACCAUGUCAUUAGUGUUGACCCAAAUGACCAGAAAAAGACAGCUUGUUACGAUAUUGAUGUGGAAGUGGAUGAUACCUUGAAGACCCAGAUGAAUUCUUUUCUUCUGUCCACUGCCAGCCAACAAGAGAUUGCUACUUUAGACAACAAGAUCCAUGAGACAAUAGAAACUAUCAAUCAGCUGAAGACCCAGCGGGAGUUCAUGCUGAGCUUUGCCAGAGACCCUCAGGGGUUCAUCAAUGACUGGCUUCAGUCCCAGUGCCGGGACCUCAAGACCAUGACCGAUGUGGUGGGUAACCCAGAGGAGGAGCGCCGAGCUGAGUUCUACUUCCAGCCUUGGGCUCAGGAAGCUGUGUGCCGAUACUUCUACUCCAAGGUGCAGCAGAGACGACAAGAAUUAGAGCAAGCCCUGGGAAUCCGGAAUACAUAGGGCUUUUAUAGCCCUGAUUUGGCUGCACCGAUUCUUUAUUUGGGCCCUGUGCUGCCUGCCUCAUAGCACCUGCCUUGGUCUUGCUUGGGGCCUUUUUGGGGAUGCUGUUGGUUCAAGGACAACACCAGAAUGAAGAGGUCUCACAUUUCUGUCUCACAGACACCUGUUAUCCUCUUCUCUCACCCCAUCCCUUCCCACUCCCAGCUUCCUUUUACCCCACAAAGUUCCCAUGUGCCUCUACCUUCCUUGGUCUACAUAGGACCUCUAGUUAGUGUUAGAGAACCCAUAAUGGUAAUCAGUGCUCUGAAUGGAUUGGGACUAAGGCCAGGUGGUCUGCAGGGAGACCAACUACACUGAUCCUGCCCUUCAGAGACCCAGGAGUUGGGAGCUGUAGCCCCUCCUCCAAGACUCACUCAGGCCUAGGGGUGCUCUAUAAGCUAGUUGAUCUUGGCCCUCCUGAUAACAGAAUCCAAUUUCCUUCCUUCUCUCCACAGAUUUCAAGCAAACUCUCCCUUUACUUGUUGCCCUCUAGCACUAAAGGAACCCUGGCUCUUGGGCUCCUCUGAGUCCCUGCCUUCAGGACUGGCCUGCUGUUUCAGUGCUUCUGACUCCUUAGGAGUCCACAUCAGUAUUGGAGUUUGUUCUUGAACUGUUGCUCCCUCUCAAACACUCCCAUGGCUGCCCUUUGUAGGAUUGCCUCACAUUUGCCAUAACCCACGGCAUUUGAGUAGGGAAUCUUGCCUUUCCCUGUCAGGGCCCCACGGAUCUAAUCUGGAGUACUGUUAUUGCCAGCAGAGGCUGUUCUUUCCUGCUGCUCAUAGGAGUGACUCAUUCAUUCACUCCGCCCUGCCCCCUCCCUUAAUGGAGAAACAGGCCUAAAAUCAAACGGGUAAAGCCCUGGGCCAUCCCUGUCUUCCUGUCCAUUGUUUGCCCAGUUGACACCCCUGGUGACUUCUAGGGCACUGAGGAGUGAAAGCGCCUAAGGCUGGAGAAUAGCUCUGAGAUGGGUUUGUGACUCCCCUCUCCCUACAUCACAGGAUUGUGACUCCCUAGCCCCUGCCCUCAAAAGCUUCAGACCCCUCAGGUAGCAGCAGGACCUUGUGAUCUUGGCCCCUUGGAACUAAGAUGGCUUUGCAUCUUUCCAGGAGAGCUUCAGAUUCUUCCAGGUUGUAUCACCCCCGAGUUAGCAUAUCCCAGGCUCGCAGACAACACAGUAGGGUGGGAGACAGCUGGGCACAAGAGGGGGAUUCUGUUCAGCAUGGGCUCUCAACCCACAGAACUGACAAAGCCCCUGCUUCCCCACCCCUCCUCAGGCUCCUGCGAGCACAUCCCCUACCCCUUGUCCCUGCCUGGUCUACACUGCAGACAGCAGUUUUCUCCCCAUCUUCCCCUUCCUGCCACAUACCCACCCUCCCUCAAAAGGUUCUCGCCACAAUGACAGUGGACACCCCUGAGGUAGCUGAGAGCCCAGGUCUGGCUCCUGGCUAGAACUACGAGGAAGCUCAGCACUCUGCAGUGUCCCUGUUGGUGAUAACUGUUUAUUAACUGAAUUAUUAUGGGUUUUUUUUCAUGGACCAAAAUUUUUUUUGUACUGUUCCCUUAUCAGUGUCACCCAGUUUUAAUAAAAGAAUCUUCUGAA